CACAGCAACAGCACUUUAGAUUAGUCUGAGCAAAUAAAACUUCACCAUGGAGAACAGCAAGACUUUUGUCUCAGCCCUGAUUUGUCUCGUGUGGUCAGCUGCUGCUGCCAUCGAGGUUGACAUCCCAAAGGAUCAGUAUGAGUUUGCCAGAGGAGACAACAUCACACUACCCUGCACAUUUAAAAGCGUUAUACCCAAUCCAUCACAGAUCACGAUCACAUGGUUUGCUGGUGAUGUUCCGAUUCUCACCCACUAUCAUCCCUCUGGAGACACAGACAUUACAUUUGAGAAUCGGAUGUCUGCGGAUGUAAAUAUUAACGGUGGAUCUGGGAAAGCUGACCUUAAGAUUAACUCUGUCACAAUUUCAGACAACAACAAAUACCAGUGUAUUGUCCAGGUCCCCAGGGACAAACAAGGCAAAAUUUCUGACACAGCAACAUUGACUGUUCUAGUGGCUCCAUCUAAACCUAUCUGCAAGAUUCAGGGUACAGCAUCGUGCGGCCAAAACAUCAACCUCACCUGUGUUUCUGAGGAAGGGUCUCCUCCUCCAACUUACAAGUGGAACAGUUAUGAUGUCCUAAACAAUCCUCGUGCUCAUGAACCCAGAACCACUGAUAAGGGAGGCAUCCUGUCUCUGUACAACAUCACCAAAGAGACCUCAGGAUUUUACAUCUGCGUCUCACAAAACAAGAUUCACUCAGCUUCCUGCAACCUCACAAUCUCAGUCUUGCCACAGUCCACAAACAUCGGUUCAACUGCAGGAAUCAUUGGAGGAGUCAUCACAGCUUUGAUUUUACUGAUCGUUAUUCUCUCUUGCUUUUGCUGCCGAAAGAAGGAUGAAGACAAGGAGGAUUAUGCCAUGGCACCACAAUAAAUGCAUUUUUUCUAACCCUUUAGCUCUAAACAUGACACAAGACAUUUAAACUCUCACAGAACUCAGGUUAACAGAUCCAUGAAUUAGAUUUUGCAUUCAUACAACAGAAUUUUUAAAUAUUUCUGGUAUUUGUAAUAUCAAAUUUGCAUUCUCUCUUGACUUGGGGAUUUCUUGUGUCUCAAUUGGUGUUAUGGGGCUCUGGUAAAAUGUAAACAAGCAUACAUUGGUUUCUCCCAGUGAUCAGAUAUUGAUUACCAAUAUAUGAUCAUAUAUUUGUCCAACUCUUCUCCGCACCCUAAAGCAGUUAUUUAUUAUAGUUGCUGUUCAUGGCUUUAACAAUCUGAAUGGUCUGAGAUGUAGGAAAGGAAUGGAUUAAAAGAAUUCUGUAAAUUCUCCUCAGUCAAAUCUACUUUUAUUUUCUUGACACAAGAAGCAGUCAGCAGAACCCUUGAGAAUUUAUGCAUGUUUUCUGUACUGCUCUUUGUUAAGAUUUUGUCCGGAAAACAUGCUUUGGUAAAUUCACUUUAUUUACUUAUGAGCUGUUGGGGAGUUACCCUUAGUGUGCAGAGUUCACAUGAAAACAUAAAUGGCACAUCAGCCAACAAACACCACAUAUUUCUUGCUCAGUUCCAGACCACCGGAAACCUUCUUUAUCAGUAUGCAUAGUUAAUCUAAACAUAUUUCAAUUGAUUGAAUCCUAGUGUCCACAUAUUACCUUAAGUUAUUGUAUAAUUGGAAUCUAAAUAUGGCAAAUAACCAGAAAUAUACAUUUCUUUUAUUGUUUAUUCGGCAACCUUCACUGGUCAGCAGUUCAUUUCAUUCAGGUUAAAAUCAGACAAGUUUAGUUAUUGUUCAGUUGUUCAUUUAUUGGUAUUAUUAAGGAAAUAAUACUAAUAAAUAUUUUUGUUUGUUUUUAGCUUCUUUCAGAAAUGAGCUUUUUGUCAUUAUCAUUGCAAAGCUUUUGCAUUCUGCUCCCUUUCUAUUUGUUACAACUGCGAUUGCUCUUUAUAUAAAUUUUUUUAUACCAUCUUACUUUUUGAUCUAAAAAUUCUGAACAUUUUGGGAUGUUUUCAAGGAUUCAUCAUUAUGAAUGACAAAAUAAUGUCAAGAAAAAACUGCCAUAAAUUUUUUUUGUUUUUUUUUUUGACUAUAGAAAGUCUUUCUGGACCAAUGAUUCUGUGUUUGUUCUCCUUUAUUUAAAUCCCUCAUUGUAACCUGAAUUUAGCUGUGUAAUUUCAUAAAUUUAUAUUAAAAUUAGAAUGUACGUAUGACAAUGAAUCUGUACGUAGAUCAAGUCAAUGUACCAUACUGAUUUGAUGGUAGAUUUCUGGAUAUAAAUAAGACUUUCUAGUCCUGUAAGGAGCUGUAUGAGUUGUUAUAAAUUUGAUCUUUCUGAGUGAAGUGAAUUGAGCAAAUUAAAAAUAAAAUAAUUAA